AUGGGUCAAAAAACAAAUGAUAAAAAAGAAAAUGAAGAUAAAGACGGAAAUGGUGAAGAAGACAAUUAUAAUGAUGGAAGUCAAUCGGAAGUAGAUUAUUUUCUUGAUUCAAACGAAGUAGAGAAUGAAGGAAUAAUGAAUGAUGGAGAUAACAAUCAAAAAGAAGGUGAAACUGAAGUAAAAGAGAAAGAUGGAAAGAACAAUGAAAAUGAGAAUGAUGAAGAGAAAAACGAUAAUGAGGCUGAAGAAACAAAUAAUCAUGGAGAGACUUUUCAACAAAGUGAAAAUGAAAAUAUGUUGGAUAAAGUUGUUGACAACAUUGUCGAUAAUGUCCUUGAUCUUUUAUAG